CCGCUUAAACACGUACAAUAAAGCGCGUCCAUCCACUCGACUGAUCAAAUUAAAGUUAAAUUUACUGCCAUUCAAUAGACUUUAUCUUAUAAUCAUAAUAGUAGACUAAACUUGAGCUAACUGUUAGAUAGAAACUAUUAAUUCUUGUUAAAGAGAAAUCGGCCUAAAAUUCGAGUAUAACAAUGAUUCGGAAAUUGAAAAUUGUGCUAUUAAUCACCCUAGUGAUCACUUCAGCUAAAGCAUAUACAAAUACAACAAAUACCUCAGAUUCAAAUGGCUAUUCGUCAUAUUUCUACGAGUAUUUGACAAACACAAGCAACCACAAUUUUGAAAAGUCUGUUACCAUUGGCUUUCUUGGAGCUUAUGGUGACACACAGGUGGUGCUAGGAGCUCUGCCGCUAGCGGUUGCCGCAGUCAACGAAGACGCAGAUUUGCUGCCAGGCCGCCACCUUGCGUUCGUGGCGGCGGAUAUCGGCUCGACUCGCGGCCGCAAGCGAUCAUGGUUCGCGGCGAACGCGAUCCGUGCCAUGACUGAGAUGCGCGACAAAGGCACCAUUGCGUUCAUAGGACCCGAUGACACAUGCAGUGCUGAGGCGCUCGUCGCUGCCGCUUGGAAUCUGCCCAUGAUUUCUUAUAAAUGUGCUGACAAAGUGGUUUCCGACAAAAAAGUGUUCUUCACGUUCGCCAGGACUUUACCGCCAUCCACGAAAGUGUCGAAAUCUGUAGUCGCGCUCUUACAGGCAUUCCAGUGGCAGAAGUUCGUUGUGGUGGCUGGCAGAAUUCCGGCAUGGGGACCUCAAAUCAAAGAUGCUAUCAAGGAUUUGGCUGUGCAGUAUGGUUUAGAGGUGACCGGAGUCUAUGAAUUCGGCAAGAGCAAGAACUACAUACCGAAAUACAUAGCUGAGAUGGAGAGAAUUGUUAUUGCUACAUAUCAGACUACAAGAGUUUAUGUGUUUGUCGGAGAGCACAUAGCAUUAGUUGACUUUGUUCUGUGUCUACAAAGACAACAUCUUCUCGACCUUGGCGAAUACAUCGUGAUAUCAGUCGAUGACGAAAUCUACGAUCCAGAGCACAAAUCAAACAUCAUUCAGAGAAGAUAUUUGGAUCCUUUUAUCGGUGUUACUAAGGACAAUUUGCAUAGUUUCCGCUCAGUUCUGAAACUAACACCAUCUCAUCCUCGGAAUCCACAUUAUAAAGAACUCUGGGAGACGAUGAGAAAUUUUUCAGCUCAAGAACCUUUCCUGGUUCCCUAUCAUGAGGGUAUAUUUGAUACAAUACAGAUUCCAAUACAUGCCGCUCACCUGUACGAUGCUGUUAUGAUCUACGCGCGAGCUCUGACCGAGAUAUUCAAGAAUGGCGAGGAUCCCCGCAAUGGUUCAGCCAUUGUUAAACGGAUCCUCAAUCGGUCCUAUGACUCUGUUCAGGGUCACACCGUGUACAUAGAUGAGAAUGGAGACGCAGAAGGAAACUUUAGUGUGGUGGCUCUGUUGGAUGACAAAGAGGUGAAUGGAAGUGUGCGAAUGAGUAUGCAACCAGUCGGCUACUUUCAGUUCAAAGCAAACACCAGUGAAUUACCGGAGUUCAAAUACUACGACGAGAAACGUAUCCAGUGGGUUGGUGGGAAGCAGCCAUUGGCCGAACCCAUUUGCGGAUUCAGCGGACGCGGUUGCAUCAAGCCGCGCUGGAAAAUGGACUUGACUGUUCUCACUGUCGGAUUUUUCCUCACCAUUGCUAUAGCAGCUUGUCUCAAACAUUAUCGCUAUGAACAGAAACUGGCUUGCCUUCUGUGGAAGAUUGAUAUAAAAGAUGUUAGCAUAAUUCCGACAACAGAAACCAUUCCUUCAGCAAAGACCAGCAUGGUGAGUACGAAAUUGAUGCGAGAUGCGCGCCAUGAAAAUAUAAUACCUUUCAUUGGCGCUUGUGUGGACGCAGGAAAUAUUUGCAUUCUAACAAUCUACUGUGCCAGAGGAAGCCUGGAAGAUGUUUUGGCCAAUGAGGAUCUUCACCUCGACAACAUGUUUGUCUCUUCUUUAGUAGCCGACAUUAUCAAGGGAAUGAUAUACUUGCAUGAUAGUGAAAUUGUAUCACAUGGCAACCUCAGAUCCAGCAAUUGCUUAGUGGACAGUCGUUGGGUUCUUCAAAUAACCGACUUUGGUCUUCAUGAAUUUAAAGGUGGUCAAGAUGAGUCUGAUGCUCUGGUGAUGAAGAGGAGACUAUGGAAGGCACCGGAAUUACUCAGAAAUCCCCACUCACCUCCAAGAGGCACUCAGAAAGGCGAUGUUUACUCUUUUGGCAUCUUGCUGUAUGAAAUUGUGGGGAGGAUUGGACCUUGGGGCAGGAUUACUCUGGCAGAUGAAGAGAUUGUAACAAAAGUGAUGAGAGGUGUUGACUUUCGGCCCAACACGUCACUUCUCGACAUUGCUGAGUCAGUGCUUUUGUGCAUGAAGAGCUGCUGGAGUGAAGACCCCGAGUCACGGCCUGACUUCCGGUUCGUCAGAGUCAAACUCAAAGAAAUGCAGGCUGGCCUUAAACCAAACAUUUUUGAUAAUAUGUUGGCAAUGAUGGAGAAGUAUGCUUACAACUUGGAAGGGCAAGUCCAACAGAGAACCAAUGAGUUAACAGAGGAAAAGAAAAAGACAGAUGCUCUUUUGAAUAGAAUGCUGCCCAGGACGGUGGCUGAAGCGUUGAAGAGAGGCGAUCCCGUGGAAGCUGAGAGUUUUUCUUGUGUUACUAUCUAUUUCAGUGAUAUUGUGGGCUUUACUGAGUUAUCGGCUGUAUCGACGCCGUUGCAGGUUGUCGGACUUCUGAAUGAUCUGUACACAUGCUUCGACUCGAUAAUUUCCAACUACGACGUCUACAAAGUGGAGACCAUCGGUGAUGCAUAUAUGGUGGUAUCAGGGCUGCCUGUCAGCAAUGGAGAUCGCCAUGCUGUAGAGAUUGCCUCCAUGGCUCUGCAUCUGCUCUCCAAAAUUAGGAGAUUCGAGAUAAGGCACAUUCCUGGCGAACUACUAAGACUCAGAAUUGGCAUCCACUCAGGUCCGUGUGUGGCUGGUGUUGUUGGAUUGAAAAUGCCUCGCUACUGUCUCUUCGGAGAUACGGUGAACACUGCAUCAAGGAUGGAAUCAACAGGAGAUGCUUUCCGCAUACAUAUCUCACACACAACUUUCAGUCUAUUGGAGAAGCAUGGUGGCUUCAUUUGUGAACAGAGAGGAUGGACUCAAAUCAAGGGUAAAGGGCAGAUGCUCACACAUUGGUUGAUAGGUGAAGAGAUUGAGAGGAGUAAGGCUCGCCUACGAGAGUCUAAUCAAUCUAUUCAAAGCUCUAAAAGACUGAGUGAGACGCCAGAUCUCCUGAGACAAACUGGAAAUGAUUUAGUAUCUCAUGCUUUUGAAAGAACUGAUGCACACUUACUGAGUCAACUGCACUUGAGAGCUGUCAAAUCAUGCUCCGGUCACCACAGUCAAGAAAUGCUGAUUGCUCUGAGCAAGAGGAAAAUGUCACCAGCCAGAAGGACAGGCUACCAUUCGGCUCCAGUUAUUACAUUCAAGGACACCAGUUUUGCCUGAGAGGAUUAUCUUUACCUUCUACCUGAAAAUUAUGUAUAUAUCUGUGUUUCAAUAUUUAUGUAUUUUUAAUAAAUAAAUAACAAAACCACCA